CCACCACCACCACCACCUCCUCCACGGCCUCCUGGUUGGCAUCCUGCCGUGCCAGCCUCCGGCCAGGGGCAGCGGGCCCAGCCGCCGGGAGGAAGGGGCCAGUGACCGCCCUCCCGCCCAGAGCCUGCUGAGCAGGCCGGGCCAGGACCGGACCGGGCCGGGCCGGGCCGCAGGGCCAGCACGGCAGCGGGAGCCGGACAGGGACACGGGAAGGAAGCAAGGAAGGAAGGGAAAACCGGAGCUGGGAAGCCCAGGAAAGUGAAAGAAAAGCAAUGUCUUCCCACCUGAAGUAUCUUUCCUUGGGAAUCCUGGUCUUCCAGACCACCAGUUUGGUUCUAACUAUGCGCUACUCCCGGACGUUAAAAGAGGAUGGCCCUCGCUAUUUAUCUUCGACUGCGGUAGUGGUUGCGGAGCUCUUGAAGAUCAUGGCUUGCAUUCUGUUAGUCUACAGAGACAGCAAGUGCAGUCUGCGAACAUUGAAUAGAGUACUGCAUGAUGAAAUUCUUAAUAAACCUAUGGAAACUCUGAAACUUGCUAUUCCAUCAGGGAUUUAUACUCUUCAAAAUAACUUACUCUAUGUAGCAUUGUCAAACCUAGAUGCAGCUACUUAUCAGGUGACAUAUCAGUUGAAAAUUCUUACCACGGCAUUAUUUUCCGUGUCCAUGCUUAGUAAAAAAUUAGGUGUCUACCAGUGGCUUUCUCUAGUGAUUUUGAUGACAGGAGUCGCUUUUGUUCAGUGGCCUUCAGAUUCUCAAGAGCCCGUGUCUAAGGAGCUCUCAGCAGGCUCUCAGUUUGUAGGCCUCAUGGCAGUUCUCACAGCUUGUUUCUCAAGUGGAUUUGCUGGGGUUUAUUUUGAGAAAAUCUUAAAAGAAACCAAACAGUCAGUGUGGAUCAGAAACAUUCAGCUCGGUUUCUUUGGAAGCAUAUUUGGAUUGAUGGGGGUUUAUAUUUAUGAUGGCGAGCUUGUGUCAAAGAAUGGAUUUUUUCAGGGGUAUAACAGACUGACAUGGAUAGUUGUUGUUCUACAGGCACUCGGAGGCCUUGUGAUAGCUGCUGUUAUCAAGUAUGCAGACAAUAUUUUAAAAGGAUUUGCAACCUCUUUGUCCAUAAUAUUGUCGACACUGAUCUCCUAUUUCUGGCUGCAGGAUUUUGUGCCAACAAGUGUCUUUUUCUUUGGAGCUAUUCUUGUAAUAGCAGCUACAUUUCUUUACGGUUACGUUCCCAAACCUUCAGGAAACCCUACCAAAGCAUAGUUAGCUAUCAACGUACUUUUCAAGACUGCAGUAGGAGCCUCAGCCUCCUGUACACAAAGGACUUCAACAGGGAUUCUAAGGAAAAUCUUGUUGGACUGAGCGGGAUCAAGAGAGUUAAAUGAUUGGAACGGAUAGUCGGAAAAGCGGUCAGUCCAGAAAUCAAUCAGUGGAAAUGAUCAAUCAGUGGAGUCAAUCAGUGGAAAGGAGGUGCGUAAGUCUUUGACGAAAUAAAUGCAAAUGGAAAAAUUCUGGCACAUUUAAAAAUUAAAAAAAAAAAACCACAAAACUUGAAAGGAACAAAGCGUUUCUAGUAACUAAGAUUAAGAAUGUUUACAACUUGUUCUCUGAGGUGAGCUACAGAUAUUUUACUAUUUUGCUGCAAAAUAUGUCCUAUGCACUCUUUGCAAGAGCACAUGACAUUUGUCAGGUAUCAGUUUUUGCAAAUCAAAAAUAGUUAAUCUUAGUAAAUGUUUUUAAACUUAGUGUAUAGAUCUAUCAAAUCACACAAUAUAAUUCAUAGUUCAAAAAUUAUGUUCAUAAAUUGUUUCUUAUUGAAGCUGUGAAAACUGAAGUAUGGUUUGAAAGACAUUUUCACACGGCUAGGAUUUUUAUAUUUAUAGAAAGACCAGAAACAUGAAUUUUGUUUGCUAAAUUACAUAAAAUUGAUAAAGUAAUGUUCUGAGUCUCCCAUUUCAGAAGAUAACUCAUGUUUAAGACUGAAUACAUAGAUUUAUAUUUCACCUAAAUAUAUGGGGGGUUUGCAUUAAAGAUAAAUUAUUGACUUGGAUUUCCUUCUGCUUCUGAAUGUUAGAGCCUUAAUAUUACUUUGAAGAUUUGUAUGUGGUUUAACCUGUUUUAGAGUUUUUAAUUGUAAUUUAAAAGAAAGAAUGUACUUAAAUAUAAAAUAAUUUAAAAUAUAUCACAUUUUUGUCUGCAGCAGCUUCUUUUGAAGCCAUUAUGGAUUAUUAUGUAUAUAAUGUACCUGAUUACAGAGUUUUUAAUUGGGUGUUUUAUAAUCUAUUUAAAGAGUCUUCAUGAAGAAUUUUUAGUUUGAGUGUCGGUGAGGUGAGACCAAAAUGAUUUUUUUGAGCCAUUCCAGAGCUAUGAAAUUAUAUCCACCAAAUAGUAUAUUGUUUCAAUUAAUGUGCAGAACUUUUUAAAAGCAAUUCCGGGGAUAAUUGAAGGGAAUGUAUUUUACACUCAAAUGUUGUCAAACAAUAAAAUCCCUGUUCCCCCUUUUCUCCAAAAGCUAAAACUGAGUUUGGGCAAAAAUUCCUUGCUGACAUCCUGUUCUGGAGUAAUUGAAUUAUGAGCACAAGUAAUAUGAGUGUUUAGUGUCAUUCACGUAAUCUCUUCUAAAUCAGUAUCUGAAGUGUUAUAAAGGUGGUAAGAAGGUCUUUUUUUAAAUAUUGUGACUCUGAGUCAAGCAUUUGAGGGCAUCAUCAUUUAA